AUGUUGAAAGAUUCUCUCUUAAAUUCAAAAACAAAAGAUGAAUUUGUCGAGUACGAUCUUAUCCCGCCAGAUGGUGGCUGGGGUUGGCUAGUAUUGGCUGGUUCAAUGAUGGUUAACAUUUUAAUACCGGGAACAAUUAAAAGUUUUGGUGUGCUCUUUGUUGAAUUUCUAGAAGCUUUUGAAGCAUCGCCCGCCACAGCCGCAUGGAUUCCCGCUUUAUGUUAUUUUUUGUACAGUUCAUUGGGUCCUGUUUCUAGUAUUCUUUCUGUAAAAUAUUCAUACAGGACUGUGACAUUACUUGGUGGUGCAUCUGCUGCUCUUGGAAUGAUACUAUCUUAUUGGGCAUCAUCUGUGGCUUAUUUAUAUUUAAGUUAUGGAGUUCUGGUAGGAAUUGGUGCUGGGCUAUCUUUUCCACCCACAGUAUAUAUAGUCACAUCUUAUUUCGUAAAGUACCGCGGUCUUGCAAAUGGAUUAUGUAUAUCUGGAAGUGCUUUGGGAUCUAUAAUUUUGCCACCUGUUUUAAGAUGGCUUUUGGAAACUUAUGGUUACAGGGGCGCAGUUCUCAUUAUGGGAGGAAUUACCUUGAACGUAUUUGUGGCGGCUAUAUUUUAUGAACCAGUGGAACAGCAUAUGGUGCGAAUUCCUAGAAUGAAAAAGAUGUUGGAGGAUAUUGAAGAAGAAGAUAUUGGCAUCGUGCUGAAAUUUGAGCCGGUGCACGAAACUGUUGAAGAUGAAAAUUGUGUAAAUUCGCCAGGAUUGCCUUACAAUUCUCCACCAGCACAUGAUUUGCCAAAUUACAAUUCAGUUGAAAAUGACCCUCAGUUUGUCAGAAGUGCGUCAGCUGCGGUUGUUCAGCACUUGGGAAAAAAUCCUGACGAUUUUCAAUCAUGUUCCUCCUCUCGCAUACGCAAAGUUAGUACUCCUGUACACCUACCGCAACGUAAUCAAACAUUCGCUACGCCGGGACAAAUGAAUUCGCAAUAUUCCCUUUAUGCUGUUCAUGAAACUGGACGAUCCAGUAAUAAAUUGGAACGUAUGAACGCCUUACGUUGUAAUUCUAAGAAUAGGUUGUCACGUCCUUCUCCAUCUACAAGUAGUUUUCAGUAUAUAAGCACACCAUACCAUGGAAGUACCCUUUCCUUUCAACCGAAGGAAUUUUCGUCACAUUUAUCAUUGAGAUCAGUUGGGAGCGGAACGGCUGUAAGUGCUAUCGCUGGUUCCGAUCCAAUGUUAGACUCCAACAAACAACCUCAUCCGGAGGAGGAAAAACGCACAAAAUUCUUUGAUUUAAGCCUUUUAAGGGAUCCAACGUACUUAGUUAUUUUAAUAUCAAAUUCUACCAAUGCAAUAGGUUAUACAAAUUUUAUAAUUCUUUUGCCGGCGUACGGUGUGGCCUUAGGAUUUGAUAAAUCGUUAGCAGCCUACCUUAUAUCUAUAGUUUCUACCACUGAUCUUAUUGGACGAAUUGGUGGAUCUGCUCUUUCAGAUAUGGGCUUUAUACCCAAAACGUGGUAUUUUAUCGGGGGUUUGGCUAUUUCGGGAAUAAGUUUAGCAAUUCUACCAUUUUCAACAAGCUACAGCAUGGUUGGCUUUUGGUGUGCGGUGUUUGGAUUAGCAUCUGGUGUCUAUGUGGGUAUUACGGCUGUUAUAAUGGCAGAUAUGCUGGGUACGGAACGCUUGACUUCAUCAUACGGCAUAAGUUUAUUUGUCAAUGGUAUUCUACAGCUAGUUGGCCCUCCAAUAUGUGGUCUUUGGUUCGAGUCUGUGGGAAAGUAUAAUUCUCUCUUUCACACCCUUGGAAUUAUUCUACUUGCUGGCGCAAGUCUAUGGAGCUUCAUGCCCCUAAUAAACAAACGUAAAUCGAAAGAUGAGAAAUUAAAGGUGGCC